GGCUGUUAGCUAACAGUGGAGACCGUUUUCCGUUUCCGUUGACGCCCGGUACUAUUUUGUGUGCUUUACAGUGAAAUAUGGUACUGGCACCGAAUGAUGGCGGUAGGAUGUAUCUUGGUCGGGUAAUAAGACGUCAAGAAGCCGCGCGAAAGCUUAGUAGCGACGUUAAUAAUCUAAAAAUGAACGGCCGUCAUGAUUAAAUGUCUGCCUGAGGAUGUUCGAGUGAAACUUCGCUCCGGUGUCGCCAUCCCUUCUCUCCAACAAUGCGUCGAGGAGCUCGCCCUCAACAGUAUCGACGCCGGGGCGACGUGUGUCGGCGUCCGGAUGGACCUGGAAGCCUUCAAAGUCCAGGUGAUCGACAACGGCGCAGGGAUGAACGUCGAGGACAUGGCCUGUGUUGGGAACAGAUACUACACAAGUAAAUGUAACUCACUGGGGGACCUCGACAACCUCCGCUUUUAUGGCUUCAGAGGUGAGGCCAUUGCCAGUAUCGUUUCUUUAGCCACUCUUGUUGAAAUCUCAUCAAGAGCUAAAGACACAGGCAGGACCCUCGUAAGGAUAUUUAAGGAUGGCAAGGGGAUGGAUGUUUUUGAAAAAGACACAUGUCGACCCGCUGCUGGUACCACUGUUGUCAUUUGCAACUUCUUUCACAACAUGCCAGUACGCAAGAAAAGGAUGGACCAUGUACUGGAGGGUGAGAGGAUCAGACGCAGGGUGGAGGCCAUCUCUCUAAUGCACCCCUCCGUGUCCUUCACCUUGAAGAAUGACUGCACAGGAGCCAUGUUGGUGCAGCUUCCUAAAGCAAGAGAUACAUACCACAGGUUUGUCCAAAUACACACGAUCGCCCGAGCUCAGAAGCUGGGAGAAAUCCAGUACACCCGUGCUCAGUUUGAGGUGAUCGGUUACCUCGGCAGGGAGGGCCAUUACAACAACAGCUUGCAGUUUUUGUACAUAAACGACAGGCUGCUUUUAAUGACACGUAUACACAAGUUGCUAAACUCCCUCCUGCGUGGAAUUAGCAGUCCUAAUCAGAGGAAUGACAUCCAGGACAAACUGUCAGCCACCAGGAGCCCAAAGCAAAAACGCAGUCAAGAGCUUCAUGGGAUUUACAUCAUUAAUAUUAAAUGUUCUUAUGCGGAGUAUGAUAUUUGUCUUGAGCCUGCCAAAACCCUAAUAGAAUUCAAAGACUGGGAUGGUGUUUUGCUGUCCGUAGAGGAGGCCGUAAAAGCGUUCCUGCACAGGGAGAACUUGGUGCUCUCCCAAGAUGACUUGCAGGAGGCAUCACCGAGAUUGUAUAAAGCUGACGGUACCGAGCGAGAAAACAACAGAGAUGACGGGUGCGUCCAUGCGGCACCUAUACCGACACUGGCGUCGUCGUCUGUUCAUCGUAAACAGAAGGGCCACAUUGCCUCUGAUUUGGGUGUUUGUCAAAAGUCAUCUCAAAAGGAGAUAAGUGGACAGAAAGGAUGCUUUGAUUAUCAGUCUAAACUGGACGCUGAUUACACGACAGGGGACAGCAUCAAGAAAUACAUUAAAUUGUACAAGGGAAAUGUUAAUUCAUACGCCAGCCUCAAUCAAACAAGUGAUUCUGACGUUACAAACCAAGUUGACUGCCAGGUUGCUGCAGUAAGAGAAAGGACGCUGACCGCUAACAAAAAGAUACGUCUGUCUUGUCCAUUCAUUCACAAAUGUCUGCAGGAGCCCUCUUUGAACACUAGGACAGAUUUUGUCCAGCUGCAUUUAAAACACAAGAUCUCACUGGGCGCAGACAAAAAUGGAUCCUUAAAAGGAACUCAUACAAUUGAUCCUCCUGCUGUCUGCUUGGAGAUCCCUAAAGUGGUAUCUAAAGAGUUGGGAUCACUUGACAAGUUCAGAAGAAUUCAUGGAAAACCCGCUGAACCGAAAGUCCCCUCAUUGGACAGUCAAACCCACGCUAUACUGCUUCAGACAAACUUUGUAGCGGAUCACUGCACGGAGCGGCUGCAGACUGACUUCAAAGACACGCAUGAAGAAGAGGAUGGAUCUCAAAGCACAACAACGCACUCCGAAUACACCAAGCUAAAAAACGCCUCUGGUCAAACUGAAGCCAAGCAGUCUCUAGCAGGGAAACUCAACCAUCUGAAACAACGCAGGAAAGAAGAUGCAGAAGUAGAAUCCUGUUCAGUUUCUCAGGAGGAUUCCAGUCUAAUUAGUAACAAAGGCUUACAAGACGGCAAUAACAAUGCCUGUGAGAUGGCGCCUGAGGAAGGGCCAUGUAUGGAUUGGAUCCAUCACUAUGAUGCGAGCAUGGGAAAAACUGUUUACAUCAACAAAGUGACGGGUAUCAGCAGAUAUGAGGAACCAUCAACAGAGGAAACGCGGGCCCGCUGCACAUCUGAUGUCACCAACAUGGCCGUCAGUGUUGUCUCUAAAACAGGGAUAGAGUACAGGUGUUACCCCUUUCAGGCAGAGCUAGUGCUGCCCUUCCUGCCUAAAACCAGAAGUGAAAGAGUGCUUAGUUCAGCGGCAGAUGACGCAGCUGACAAGGUCAAUGCCUGUGACUCACUCUCUUCUAUGUACUCAAAAUGGAACAACCCAGUGUUUGUGUGUCCUCCCGAGGUGGGCGUGGACAUCUCAAGUGGGCAAGUUGGCGGGCUGGCUGUUAAGGUCCACAAUAUCCUCUUUCCUUACCGCUUCUCUAAGGCUAUGAUACACUCAAUGAAGGUGAUAAACCAAGUUGAUAACAAAUUCCUUGCGUGUCUUAUCAACACAACAGAUGACAUUGAUGGUGAAGGAAAUCUUCUGGUGAUGUUAGACCAACAUGCUGCACACGAGAGAGUGCGUCUUGAAAACCUGAUAGCAGAUUCCUUUGAAGAUAAUCCAAACGCACCUGGGGAGAGACGGCUUUGUUCAUCCACCAUUUUACCACCUAUUCACGUCUGUGUGACAGAAGAGGAACGAAGGCUCCUGAGGUCUUGUCAGGCUCAUUUGUGGAACUUGGGCCUGGAAGUGACUUUCUCACAGUCGGAGGAUGGCCACGUGCUUGUGGGCAAAGUCCCCGUGUGUUUCGUGGAAAAAGAAAAUAACGAGCUACGGCGGAAGAGGCCAUCUGUUAUCAAACGUGUCGUCGAGGAUUACCUUCAAGAGCAGAUGGAGUUACUACGCUCCACUGGCAGAGUGAGAGGAACUUUACCUCUCACGGUGCUGAAAGUGCUCGCCUCUCUAGCAUGUCACGGCGCAAUUAAAUUCAACGACCGUCUGAACCGAGAUGAGUGCCACAGCUUGGUAGCGUCCUUGUCUUCUUGCCAGCUGCCCUUUCAGUGCGCACAUGGUCGUCCAUCCAUUGCUCCCCUUGUUGACGUCGUCCAUUUGGACCCGAACCAGAAGGAACUUCAGAAACCCAACCUGAGAAAGUUAAGACGGAUGUACAAAGCAUGGGAACUCUACGGGAAUAAAUAACUUAAAAGACUAAUGAAAUAUACAUGUAUUUUUAAUAAAAUAUAUUUAUUAUAUUGAU